AUGCCUGAUCUAAGAACCACGGCACAACGGCUGGAAGACGUCACUGCACAAGCAUCGUAUUGGAAGGGAAAGUUGAGAAUCAUUGAGAAGCAAAUGAGAAAAUUGGAAAAAGAGACAAAAGCUGAAUCCGACAGUUUACGACGUCAAAUCGAGCAAUUGACUCAUCAGCUGAUUCAAGCCACCGCUGAUAAAAAGGAGCUUCAGAAGAGACUUGGUGACGUCCGAAUUGUAUUUUUUCAGAACAAAUAUAUUUACAGAUGUCAAUCAGCAAGCUUUCCGCCACAUGAAUAUAGUUCUUCGCCAUAA